AUGGAAAUCUCGUCCACAACGUCCCAGCCGACCUCAACCGAUAUGACCUCUAACGCGAACUACAGGCGUUUGAGAAAAGGCCUUCUAGUCCGAGACUUCAUUUGUGACAAGCCUAGGAAGAAAAGGUUCGGUACAAUUACUUUCCUAUAUCCCAAGGAUGGAGAAAGAUUCCCUCGCGGUGCACGGGGAACAGCUCCCCUCACCAUUUCUUAUUGUCACGGGCGCCUCAAGUCGAAUAUGGAACUCGCCGGAGUUGACGUGUUCUGUAAACUGAGCAAAAAUCCGCCAAAGAAUCUCGCUCUUAUAUCAUUAGAGCAUGAUGCCGAGGAGCGCAAGAAGGACUUGCGAGAAGAACCAGAAGACCCGGAGGUUCAGUGGUUGAAAACGGGAAUCAUCAAGUUCCAAAAGCUAUCCAUGAUCGUCGAUGUGAUUGACAGGCGUCGUAUUCGAAGACCGGUCACCACCAUUGUUAGCCUAGUGCAUUCGAUGGAUGGUACAAUCACAUCACCCUCUCGGAUGUUCCCUUUUUCCUUGAGAUGGAAUCGGACUCAUUCAGUUCUCCAUUUGCGUCACUGUCGAUCCAUAACGGCAUACAAGAAGGGCUCAGCCGAACAUGAAUAUGCAAUUCAGGGGAGAACCGAAUUCAGGCCGAAGAUUGAAAAGCUUAAGGACUGGGAAUUAAACAUCUAUCGUCACAACUUGUUAACUGCUAGGCCCGUCCUGACAAUGCCGACUGAAUUACAAAGAUUGCAAACCCAGUUGGCAGAGUGUACAAGGAAUAGCUCUCUACCGUUCGGAAUUCUUUUCCAGCUUCAGGCGUUGGCACAAAACGUAUACCUACGUCCUACCACUGUUCUCCAGCUUACUGCAAGACUACGUACUAUAUUUAUCGAGGACAAGGUAGCAGGACGGAAGACAACCACCGCGGACUCUCUCGUAGCGGUGCUUGAGGAGAACCAGAAGGAGAUACAGGAUGGCAUAGCCUAUCGGGAAGAGCUAGAUAAAGAAACACCAAAUAUGGCAAAAGUCCACCGAGUCAACGUUACGCCUACGCGUAUUACACUGCACGGCCCUGAGAUGGAGCCUCAAAACCGGAUUCUGCGCAAGUUUCCCAAUCAUCACGAAUACUUUACCCGGGUGCAAUUCUGCGAUGAGAACGGAGAGGAUCUGCUUUUCAACGCAAAAGUGAGCUACGAACAGGUCUUCGAACGAUUCAAGCAUGUCAUGACUAGUGGAAUCCAAAUUGCCGAUCGCCUCUACAAUUUCCUUGGGUUCUUCCAUUCCUCUCUGCGAUCUCACGCCGUUUGGGUCUCUUCACCUUUCGUUGAUGAUAAUGGCCAUAUGCAGACGUACUUUUCUAUCAUCAGCGCAAUCGGCAAGUUCUCGCAUAUAACAUCACCAGCACGAUGUGCAGCCAGGAUUGGUCAGGCCUUUACUGAAAUGCCUUUUAUGGUUCCACUAAAAAGACACGAUGUGCGAGUUUCGACAAUUCCGGACCGCACGUCCCCGGAUGGUUCACGCGUCUUCAGCGAUGGGGUCGGAAUUGUUUCACAAGACGUCAUGGAAAUGAUUUGGGCUAAUAUACCAUCAAAACGAGGGAACCCGACUUGCCUUCAAAAUCGCUUGGGUGGAGCAAAAGGCAUGCUUGCCACUAAUGUUCGAUUGCCUCAUAGACUGAUUCAGAUCCGCCCGUCGAUGGUCAAGUUUGAUAGCGAGGACAUGCACAACCUUGAAAUCUGUAAUGUGACAUCCAGGCCUUAUCCAAUGGUAUUGAAUCGCCAAGUGAUCAAGAUAGUGGAGGACAUGGGCGCUCCCGAAUUGGUUUUUCCAGCAGCAGAACGCUGA